AUGUCUGAUUUAGGACAAUCAAUUGUAUCAAACCAUGAAACAUCGAAAGAAUGUGAAUUUCCGAAUAAUCCGUAUUAUAUAUUAUUCACCACUAUCGUAUCAUUUUAUUUACCAUUAAUCAUUAUGAUUUAUAUCUAUAUUAAAGUGUAUUUGGCAGCUAAAAAACAAGCUUCAGCACUUCGUUCAGGUUACAAACGUCAACGUAUGAUUAAAACAGAAAAAUCAUACAUUCCAAAAUUUCGUUUAAGACAAACUCUAAUUGAGAAAGGAUCAAGAAUAAAAAAACAAGCGAAAAUCUCUAAUAAAAGUGUACAUAAUAAAUCAAAUGUGUUAUUACAGAAUCGUAGAGUGUCAAUUGAAUUAAUAACACUUCGUAUUCAUUGUGGUUCAUAUCAACAUCCAACCCUAGAAUCAAUCAAUCAGAAACAUGAACAUGACAAUACAUUUGUAAAUAAAAUUCUAAAACAAAAUAUACAAGGAAAAAAUUUCUGGAGACAAAUUUCACAAGAUCAAAAGGCUACUAAAUUUAUUGGUAUUGUUAUGGGUGCAUUUAUUGGUUGUUGGUUACCACUCUUUGUUUAUCUUUUAUUAAAUGGUGUUUUUGGUAAUCAGGCUCGUGAUGGAGAUUUGCUGAAAAAAGCUGAUACUCAAAUAACUCCUACUGUUCAAAUCAACUUGAAAACUGAUUCAAAAAUGCCUUUUUUUACAUUAGUUAUGAUUGAUCCUGAUGCACCUCGACGAGGUAAUGAAAUAGCUGGUCCAUGGCUACAUUGGAUUAAAGCUUCAUUCAAAGGAAACAAUGUCAAUAGUGGCACAACUCUCGCUGAUUAUCAAGGUCCAGCACCACCGGAUGGCACUGGGCCGCAUCAAUACAUUAUCUUAUUGUACAAAUCAGCCAAUGGUGAAGUAGCUUCCGGCAGCGGAACCAUUGGUGUAAGUGACUCGAACAAACGUAAACAAUUUCAAUUACGAAACUUUGAAAAGAACAAUAAUUUAAAGUUGGUGGCUGCUACUUCGUUCAUUGUUAGAGCUAAAGAAACGAACAAAGAUGGAAAUCUUUGA